AUGGGGUUUGUUCGAUCAUUAUGCUCGUUCAUAGUCUUCCUUAGCUCUCUCAUCGUAGUUUACGGUCAAGGCACGAGGAUCGGGUUCUACUCGACUACGUGCCCUAAUGCCGAGGCGAUUGUUCGGACCACCGUGACAUCUCACUUCGGUUCAGAUCCAAAGAUUGCACCCGGGUUACUGAGAAUGCAUUUCCAUGAUUGCUUCGUCCAAGGUUGUGAUGGUUCUGUGCUUAUAUCAGGACCUAACACUGAAAGAACCGCGGGUGCAAACUUUAACCUCCGUGGUUUUGAGGUCAUCGAAGAUGCCAAGAGACAGCUCGAGGCUGCAUGUCCUGGGGUUGUCUCUUGUGCUGAUAUUUUAACUUUAGCAGCUCGUGACUCUGUUGCCCUCACGAAAGGACAAAGCUGGCAAGUCCCAACAGGACGUAGAGACGGACGAGUUUCCUUGGCAGCGAACGUUAACAAUCUUCCCUCCCCAAGUGACUCCGUCGCCAUUCAACAAAGGAAAUUCGCCGCUUUUCGCCUCAACACUCGCGAUCUCGUCGCUGUUGUUGGAGGACACACGAUUGGAACAGCUGCAUGUGGGUUCUUCACGAAUAGGAUAUUUAAUUCGACCGGAAACACAGCAGAUCCAACCAUGGACCAAACAUUUGUACCACUACUUCAAAGACUUUGUCCUCAAAACGGCGAUGGAUCAAAUCGCGUCGAUCUUGACGCCGGAAGUGGAAACACUUUUGACACAUCCUUCUUCAACAAUCUCAGUCGUGGCAGAGGAAUUCUUCAAUCCGAUCAUGUUCUUUGGACUAAUCCGACGACUAGACGGAUAGUGCAAGAGUUUAUGGCUUCAAGAGGUAACUUCAAUGCUCAGUUCGCAAGCUCGAUGAUAAAGAUGAGUAACAUUGGUGUGAAGACAGGGGCAAAUGGAGAAAUUCGUAAAGUUUGUACGGCUGUUAAUUAA